AUGAAACCCCACCAGUGGGAAGGUGUACGGUUCAUAUGGAGGAAUAUGGUGAUGACAUCAAAUGAGGAACAAAGCUGCAUUCUUGCCCAUUCCAUGGGCUUGGGCAAGAGCCUCCAGGUGGUUGUCUUUUUGCACCUCUACCACACUGUGGUAGCAGGCGAGCGGUCUCUGCUGGUAGUACCUGCAAACGUUGUCUACAACUGGCAAGCAGAAUUUGCCAAAUGGCUACCCAGGCCACGUUCCGAUGAUGCCAAGGAUUCCGAGUUGCAGCUUGAAAAGGUCUUUGUGUUUGAACACACUGACGAUGUGGAAGCAUGGUCACAAGAUGUUGGCAGUGUUCUGAUCAUAUCAUACACCCAAUUUGCCAACAAAGUCCUGGUUGUGUCAUCUAAGAAGAGCAAAACUGACAAGGAUUGUGAGCAAGAUGCACAUUUACGAAAACUUCUGCGGUCCUCUGCAUCAAUCGUGGUAGCCGAUGAAGCACAUGAACUGAGGAACCCAGCUGCCAAAAAGUGCAAGGCACUGUCUCUUGUGUCUACAACCAAGCGCCUUGCCCUCACAGGGUAUCCCCUUCAGAACAGGCUUGGGGAGUACUAUUCA